AUUUUCUAAUUAUUAGCAAGCAUUUUGUAAUUUCUUAUUCCGUUUUAUUUUAACUACAAGGCGAAUCUCCGAGCGAAUAUUGGUACGCAGAGUACGGUGUAAUAUCAACGUACCGAGUCGAUAAUCUUCUCGGAUAACAGACACCUAAGCGUCUGUUAUCCGAACCCAUUGAACCGCGAAAAGAGUCGAGAAAGAUCGUUGACCACCCUGGCGACGAUCUCGAAGAACGAUUCAGGUGUUUUAUGAUAAUUCAUAUUCUAAUAUUUAAGUAUAUUCGAUCGAGUAUUCUUAUUAUUGUCGCAUUUGUGUUGCAACCAGCAAUGUUUAUAGAAUCUAGUAUUUUCGAAUAAAUUUAUAAAGACACGUUUCUUGUCAUAACCCAAUACUUACAAUAAUUUAACAAUUAAUUUAACAAUUAUCGGACUUGAAAGUGAAAUUUUAUCUAUCAGCUCGCGUACUGGACAAAUUUUCAAAUUUAAUUUACCAAGAUUGCAGCCUUAUUCUUAAUUUUCGUCUUACUUUCAGCCAUAGAAUUUUUUUCACUUCAACUGUACCACGAAUAUACGCCUUCGGUGUAUCGUGAUCCUAAGAGACUCGCACAAUCGCAAGCUCGAAGAAUAUGUUGUCGAUUAAUUUCUCGAGUAAGAUAUAUAGACGCGAGUAAAAUAAUUUUCUUUUUUCGAGACACCAAGAACAUUACCGUCUAUCCUGUCAUUUUAUUCUUUAUCGCAUUUCCGGGCCGUAUUAUGUCUAUGGUAUUCGUAUGCCAUGUAAACAAAUACUCCAUAUCACGAAUUGUCAUCAGGCACCUCGGUCAGCCGUCUUGUGGGAGGCAGAUACGUGUGCAGGGCUCAGUCGAUGGAUCGUACGUCAAAACGACCGCUUCAAAAUAUUUCCUUUUGAUUAGCGCUACACGAUCCUUCUAGGAUCGCCUCGGGGCUGCGAUGGAUCUCGAGCACGAAAAUGUCAUAUCCGUAAAAACGAAAUCGUGUGUCGUGCUAUCGGUAAGCAGAGUAUAAGACCUUUGAGAUGCGAAAUUUAAAGUAUUAUGCUCCGUUUAUCGUUGGUGCGCCACGAAACGAGCAUCGCUUGGACCUCGACAUGGUAAUUUUUUCACAACAGUUUCCGCGCGCUGACUUCCGCGAUUCCCAUAUUCUAGCAUAAUAUUGUCGGGCUGUGAAGUGGCAUUAUGCUAGGAAUAUGUGGUAUCGUAAGUUCAUCGUAAUCUUCCAUUUAAAAGAAAUUAAGAUAAAUCACUGUUCGUUCUUGAAGACUUUAUAGCUUAAAAAUUAAUCGGUAGUUGGAUGUUCUUCAACAUCGAGUAAUCGUAGUGUUCUUAACGUGUAUAGCUAAUCAGUCGAUUUGUUUCUAUUUAUCUUCGCUCGAUGCAAUUCGAAGAGCAGCGGUUAUUUAUGUACCGCGAUUUACGAAUACAAAAUGACGGGGUUAUCGUUCGAGUCAUGCAAUUUUUAUUUUUUUUAAACAUCUUUGACGAAUGCUGCUACGAGAAGCAUUAGUAGUUACGUUUGGAGGUUUGUCGUGAAAUUAUAUAUCGGAUUUGCGUUUGAAAUGCGCGUGGCAGUGGUGGGCGCCGGUGUGAUCGGCAUGACAAGUGCGUUCGCGGUGAAAAGCAGUUUUCCACAAUUCGAGGUGCAAAUAUUUUCGGAUAAAUUUUCACCAGCUACCACCGGUGACGGAAGUGCCGGUAUAUGGAGUCCUUAUCUUCUCGGAAACACUCCUUCUGACAAAAUAUCACAAUGGAGUGAAAUCACGUAUCGAUGGUUGGAAAACUUUUGGAAAGCGGGCUUGGCUUCUGAAAUAGGACUCUCCUUGAUACCGAUGUACCGUGUUACCAGUAAUCCCGAUGGUUUCCUCGAUUUAGCCUGGACGAAAGUGGUGUACGGUGCGUACGAACUGAAUCCCAGUGAAUUGGAGAAACUAAACGCAGAGUGGAAUGCCAAUUAUAAACACGGAUGGAUGUUCCUGACGUAUACGUGCGAGCCAGUUAAAUUGUUGCCUUGGUUAAUGAAACGAUUCCUCCAAAUAGGCGGAAAACUACGAAACAGGAAAAUUCACACGUUCAACGAACUAAUCGACGAUGGAUACGAUUUAAUAAUAAACUGUAGCGGCCUCGGUGCACAUAAACUCGUGGGUGAUAACGCCGUGAAGUCUAUCAGAGGUCAAGUUGCUAGGGUGACGGCAUCCUGGGUAAUGCACGGGUUAUUGGUAGACGACGACGAUGGGAAUUACAUAAUACCGAACAUCGACAGUGUAGUGUUGGGUGGUACGCACCAGGAGAACGAUUUCGACCGCACACCACGAAAAGAAGACUCAGAAUUCAUUUAUAACGGAUGUGUGCGCAUUUUACCUGCUCUGAAAGGAGCUGAAAUAGCGAAGGAGUGGGUUGGCCUGAGACCUGGAAGGUACCAAGUUCGUAUUGAAGCUGAAAUUUGCAGGUCUUCUCAAGGCAGACAAGUUACGGUAAUACACAAUUACGGACACGGAGGGAGUGGCGUGACGUUGUGCUGGGGCUGUGCUUUGAACGUUGUGAACAUCGUAGAGAAUACGACGAGUUUGAAAUCGAAUCUGUAAAGUCUUAGAUAAGCGAAAGAUAAUAAAAGAUCUUUUUCCAAAGAA